AUGCUGGAAUGGCUGGAUUCGUCAGACACUUCUGGUGUCAAGGUAUCACAAGUAUAUGAUUCCGUGACGACCGGUCUUCAGGCCUUUUACCGCUCCAAGCUCUUACCAAUAGAGAAAGAUCAUCUUUUCCAUCAGUUCUACUCCCCGGAACUUACAGAUGCCGACUUUGCAUCUGCACCGAUGGUGCUCCUGAUGGGCCAGUACUCAACAGGCAAGACCACGUUCAUCCGCCACCUCCUGCAGCGUGACUACCCCGGCAUGAGAAUCGGGCCAGAACCCACCACAGAUCGAUUCGUGUGCGUGCUGCAUGGGGAGUCUGACAGUGUCACUCCUGGCAAUGCCUUGGUUGUUGACCACGAGCUGCCUUUUACACAGCUCAGUCACUUCGGCAACGCUUUCUUGAGCAGGCUGGAAGCCUCGAGGCUGUCCAGCCCGGUCCUGGAGGGGCUUACUUUGAUUGACACGCCGGGUGUACUUUCCGGCGAGAAGCAGCGAAUCAAAAGGGGCUAUGAGUUCGAGGCUGUCGUGAAGUGGUUUGCGGAACGUGUGGACAUGAUCUUGCUGUUGUUCGACGUGUCGAAGCUAGACAUCAGUGAUGAAUUCAGGAGAGUCAUUCAGGCCACCAGAGGCAACGAUCAUAAGAUCUGCAUCUUGCUGAACAAGGCGGACAACGUCACAACACAGCAGCUCAUGCGAGUUUAUGGCGCGCUGAUGUGGUCACUGGGUAAAGUAUUGGACACUCCAGAAGUUGCCCGUGUCUAUGUCGGAACAUUUUGGGAUCAGCCGUUGAAGAAUGAGAAGCUUCGGGAGUUGUUCGAACAGGAGGAGAAUGACCUGUACACCAAGAUUGCCCAGCUUCCAAGGAGUGCAUCACUCCGGAAAGUUAAUGAUCUAAUAAAAAGAGCCCGGUUGGCAAAAGUUCAUGCGCUGCUGCUAGACUAUUUCUACAAGAGGAUGCCGACAUUUUUUGGACAUGCAAAAGAGCAGGAAAGGAUGAUACAAGAGUUGCCGAGCAUCUAUCAAGAGAUCUCUGUGCAAAAGGGCAUUCCCUUGGGGGACUUCCCAGAUCCUCGAAUGAUGCAGCAAAUCCUCACCCCGAUGGAUUUCUCCACGUUCAAGCCAGUGGACCCGGAGAAGUUGCAGGCAGUGGAGGCCCUGCUAGCCGUGGACUUGCCAAAGCUGCUGCAAUUGAUUCCUGAGGAGCAGGUUCGGUAUGGAAUUGAGGAGGCAGCUGUGGCCCAGAUUGUUGGCAUGGCCUCGCCCUUCGCCGUGAUGAAAGUGGAGGGCAAUACCGAGCAGUCUGUGUACAAGGGCCAGUGGCAACGACCGCCCACAGUUGAGCAGUUUCAGGCUGACUUUGAUGGACUGCAUCCCGUGGAGGGAAAAAUCAAUGCUCAGCAAGCCAAGCAGAAGAUGGUAGAGAGCCACCUGCCCUCGAAUGUGCUGCAUCGAAUCUGGUCCCUCGCCGACGUUGACAAGGAUGGCUUUUUGACCCUCGCGGAGUAUGCCUUGGCGAUGCACUUGGUGCAAAUGAAACUGGAUGGCCAGGACCUGCCCAUCACCUUGCCGCAAGAGAUGCUUCCCGAGGAGUUGAAAUAA